AUGGGUUCCUGUGAAGCAACAAAUGUAGUUCUUGCUAAAGUCAAGAACUUUGACCCUGAAAAUGCUUCAAAAAUCAUGGGUUAUCUUCUGAUGAACCUUGAAGAAUAUGAAUUAGUACGUUUAGCAUGUUGUCCUGACCAUGUUAUUCAUAAUCUUGCUAUUAGGGUCAAGAGUCAUUUGGGUAUGACACUGUCAAACCCUUCUUCUCCUUCACCUCUUAACCCAAUUGGUAGAAUCACUUCAACUUCUACAAACCCUUUUUCAAAAUCUUCUCCUAGAGCCGUUGCUAAUGGUUUUGACUUCACUAGAAACCCUGCUUCGCCUUCUUCCAAUGUUUGGCCACAACCCUCUUUUCAAAAGAGUCCAAUGAGUCCAAAGUUUAAUCCUUUACUCUCUUAUGAGAAUAUCCAAACUGGUGUUGGUACUUCUGCUGGUUCUUCUUCUUUCUCACCAAGGGUUAAUAAUGGUGGUGAUUGUGAAUUUGUUGAUGAGCAACAACUCAAUGAGUAUUUUCCUUUUCUCAAUGAGUCAUCUAAUGGUGACGAUUUGGUUGAUCCGCGUCUUGAAAUGAAUCCUGGCCCUCAGAAUUGGAUGUCUGCUAACAAUGGUGAUGCUCAGAAUAUCCAUAGGAGGAGUUUUUCUGCAAGUGAUGCUGGUUUUGGUGUGGAAGAGAGUGGAGUAGGAUUUGGUUUUAAGCCAUGUCUUUACUUUGCCAGAGGGUUUUGUAAAAAUGGUUCUAACUGUAAGUUUGUUCAUGCUGAUUCAAUUGAUGUUAAUUCUGCUGCUGUUGUUGGUUCACCCUCGAAGUUCGACGGAAUGGAACAGCAUGAAGAGUUCAUGAGGUUCAAGGCUGCUCAGCAUCAAAGAUUGCUGGCUGCAUCACAGCUUGCUGCUGGUGGAACAUCGCCGUCUUCGUACGACAAGUACAUCGAUUUUCUGAUGCAGCAGCACAAUGAUAAUCAAAGAGCUGCGGCUGCGGCAGCUUUUAUGAUGGGUGAAGAAUAUUUCAACAUUAGUGGUCGGGGAAGGCCCGACAGGAAUGAGUUUCUCGCCAUGGUUGCUGGGGAUAAGCCAAACUCGGCAUCGCGGCAGAUUUAUUUAACCUUUCCUGCUGAAAGUACAUUCAAAGAUGAAGAUGUUUCGGAGUAUUUUAGCAAAUAUGGACCUGUCCAAGAUGUGAGAAUUCCUUACCAGCAGAAGCGCAUGUUCGGGUUUGUUACCUUUGUCUUUCCAGAGACGGUGAGAAACAUAUUAUCUAAAGGGAAUCCGCAUUUUAUAUGCGAUUCACGCGUGCUUGUGAAACCCUACAAGGAGAAGGGUAAAGUUCCUGACAAGAGACAACAUCCACAACAACUAGAGAGGAGUGAUUUUUCGCCGUGUCUAAGUCCUUCUGGGUUUGAACCUAAAGAACCUUUUGAUUUCCAUCCUGGAGCGAGAAUGAUGUAUAAUCCGCAUGACAUGCUAUUGAGAAGGAAAAUUGAGGAGCAGGCUGAGUUGCAGCAAGUCCUUGAACUCCAAGAAAGGAGGCUGAAGAGUCUGCAACUUCCAGACUUCAAGAAUAUUCCGAUCCACCACCAGCGCAGUGUCUCUGUCGGGGCUCCUUUUAUUUUUCCUCAUCAACUUCAUGGCCAUUUUAACCAUGCAGGUCUUUCUCCCGAUAACAUUCAAGGAGAUAUUACAGGCUACGGUGUCAGCCUCAUUCCUACCGGUUCUUUUGGCGCUGCACCUGAGCAGCAGCUACAGAAAGAAGCUGAUCCAUCCCGCGUUGAUGCUGCUGCUGCUGAAAGUGGAAACAUAAUCAAUACUGCGAAUUCAGAAGCUUUAGAUCUCGACACUAGAAACGUUGAGCAAACCCUUCCUGAGAGUCUCUUUGCUUCACCAACCAAAGCAUCUGGAGACCAUCAGUCUGAUUUCUCUCCACUCGAAGACGUCAACGAGAAGCAAGACUCGACAACAACUGCUCCGAGCAACAACAAUGCUUCCCUUUAA